GCGUUGCCAGCGGAGGUGCACGUGAAGCUUAUACAGAAUCGGGGUUUUAACAUCGGAACAAGAACAUAUAGCGAGUGGUAUCGGGGUAAAUCGAGAAUCGAUCGAAACACCAGUGCUGUGUCCGAAGCACAUUACUUACAUACAUAUAUAUACCGGGCUAUAUAGCUCACACACAAUUGAAAUUAAUUCACGCGUCGCUGCCCAUCUGCAUAAGUUCAAUGGAAGCGGCAGGCUGAAGCAACAACAACAGAAAAAAACCAAAAAGCAAAAGGAAAAAUGUAAAGAAAGUGCAGCGAAAACGAAUUCAAGAAAUCAAGAAAAUCAAAUAACAAAAAACCAUUAAAACCGUGCGACGACUAUCAAUCGCGUGUUCGUUCGUCUGCUUAAUGUUAAUCAAAGGUUAAUCAAAGACACUGCAUUUAAACCAAUUCACAAAACAUCAGCUGCAUCAUCGAAAAUAUAUAUAUAAAUACAAAAUAAGAGCAGCCUUUCCUUUUGUUAUUAUUAUUAUGUGCUGUUUUCAUUCAUGAAUUGCGUUCUGUGCCAAAGUUUUUCCCGCUGUCAACGUCUACGUCGCCUCGUCUCAGUUCAUGUGCGCACUCGCAUUUUACGUCUCAAAAAGAAAAAUCCAAUAUAAUUUUAAUUCAAGAAUAAAAUACAAGCUGAGCUUGAGCAACAAUAUCUAAAACAAGAAGAGCCGAGAAAAAACAACUACAUACAAGUCAACAGACUUUAAUCCCCAUUCCCGGAAUAUAUAAGUGAGUGCAGAAAUAUGACGCUCUUGCCAGAUAUCAAGGCCUCGGAUGCCUGUUGUGGUGGCGGCGGAAGUAAUAGUGAUGCCAGCAGCAGUUCCGGUAGCAGCCACAAAAGUCACAAUGGUCAUGAAAAUGGUUGCCUGGGCAUCAAUUGUUGCACCACAGCGGCCAGCUCGGAAUUGUCCAUUGAUGAGACCUCAUCGACUUCCUCCCGAGGAUCAGGAGCAUUAACCACUAAAGUCACAAAUGAUUUAAAUGGUUUGCCGGACUAUCAUCAGGCAGUGGCACAUGCCAAUUUCGAUCAUUGUGAUCCUGUGGAUAUAGAGUUCUCAGAUGUGCGAUACACAGUGAGAAAGUUCUCGUUUCCGGAGAGGAAAUUUGUAACCAAGGAAAUCCUGCAUGGCCUUAAUGGCAAUUUUCGCGCUGGUGAACUUACAGCCAUUAUGGGUCCCUCGGGUGCGGGAAAAAGCACUUUGCUUAAUGUCAUGUCCGGCUUUUGCUCUACUGGAGUGUCGGGUAACAUACGGGUGAAUGGCAAGCCAAUGGAUCCCAGCUCGGAGAGAUUCCGCCAGAUGCUGUGCUACAUCCAUCAGGAUGAUCUGCUCCGUCCCCAGUUGAAGGUGGGCGAAAUAAUGCUACUGGCUGCACAUCUCAAACUGGGCUUUAAGGUGACCAAGGGAUACAAAAUGGAUUUGAUAAAACACAUCUUAUCGCUGCUGGGUCUGGACCAUCGGUUUAAUGUGCACACGGCGAAGCUCUCUGGUGGACAGAAGAAGCGUCUCGCUAUUGCCCUGGAGCUGAUAAGUAAUCCUCCCGUGCUAUAUCUGGAUGAGCCUACGACUGGUCUUGAUAGCUCCUCUUGCAGUUCCUGUGUGGCUUUGCUGAAGAAACUAGCUUCUCAGGGUCAUACGAUCGUCUGUACAAUCCAUCAACGUGCCCUGAUUUUCGAGAUGUUUGAUAAACUAUAUACAGUGGUUGAUGGAAAUUGCAUGUACCAGGACCGGUGAGGGAAUAGUACCUUUCCUGGCGACCAGCAACUCAUCUGUCCCAGCUACCACAAUCCAGCUGAUUAUUUACUCGAAGUGGCCGUGGGUGAGCAUCAACGUGAUCUGAAUGAACUGAUCCAUGCGGCUAAUAAAAAGUAUUACGAGGAUGUGGAUCGCUAUCGCUAUAUGAGCACUACAGAUGUGUCACGUCUCGUGGCAACAAUCACAGACAAAAUUGGCAGCAAGACUCUGAGCAAAUCCAGUCAAGAGCUACCAACAGUUGCGCUUGCGCAGUUCUCCAGCUACGAUUAUGUGAAACCAGCGCCACAGGAGCUGGCGCUGGAGGAGAUCAAGGCACUGAGUGGCACUCCGGAAUCACAGCCAAGAUCUCAGCCAGAAAAAUCAAAGCAGCAGCAGCAACUUGCCAAUGUUAAUGAGCUUGCCAAGUCUUCAAAUGCCUCCAGUUCGGCCUCGUUCAUGCAGUACCUCCUCCUGAUGCAGCGCAUCUUGAUUUGUGCCAAACGCAAUUAUUUCCUUCUGCUGGCCCGAAUCGUUUCACACAUUUUCAUUGGCGUCGUCUUUGGAUAUCUGUACAUGAAUGUGGGCAACAAUGCCCAGAGUGUGCUGGGCAAUUACGUAUAUCUCUAUGGCUCAACGCUGCUCUUGGUCUACACUGGCAAAAUGGCUGUGGUCUUGACAUUUCCGCUGGAAAUUGACAUGUUGACGCGAGAGCACUUCAAUCGCUGGUAUAAGCUGGGUCCCUACUUCCUCUCAUUGAUCUCCUUCGAGAUACCCUUCCAGAGCCUCUGCACCGCCAUGUACAUCAUAAUCAGCGUACAUCUAACGGGUAAUGAUUCUGUGGACUCCUUCCGGAUAUAUUACUUCAUACUCCUGGGUAUAAUGGCCUCAUUAAGUGCCCCCUGGGGCUUUUUCGUGGGAGCCACGCUGCCGACAAAGCUUGCCGUAUUUCUGGGACCAAUUUUGGCGGUGAUGUUUUCAGUUUUUGGAUUCUGCACUCGGUACAUUGACAUCACGCCCCUGUUCCGUUGGAUGUGGCAUUUGAGUUAUUUCCGGGCAGGAUUCCAUGGAGCACUGAAUGCAAUCUACGGAAUGGAUCGACCGUUCUUGGAGUGUCCGGAGAAUGCAAUGUACUGUCACUUCCGGAGUCCGAAGGUGUUCCUCAAGUACAUGAUGAUAUCAGAUGUACACAUGUCCGAUUGCCUGCUCCUCAUGGUUGUGAUCGGUGUUAUGCAUGUGCUAACCAUCAUUACACUGUGGCACAAGCUCAAUAAGCGAUAGGAUUAUACUAAGAUUCAGAUAUAAUACCUUUGUACAUAGUCGGGUGUCUUUCAAUCUCUCCUUGUUUUAAGUUUUAAAGUUUUUUAUUAGUUUCCUUUUCUUGUGUGUGUUUUAUAUUGAUCGACCCAUAUAUACGAUAAUGUGGAAAGUUAGUUUAGGUAUUUAUUUAAAUAUUCUCCGAAAUAUUAUUUGUACACACGAAGGCUUUGGGUAGCUUGUACCAGUGUAAGUGCUGAUAUACCAAAAAACAAAAGUAGAAACAGAAUUCCAGCAACUAUUUCACAUUUUCCCAGUUUUCAUCUUGCCAUUAUCCUUGUACCUUUUCGCCUUUCCUAACUUCAUCAAUUGUGUUUGGGUUCCGAUAACGGAUCUGAGCUAUGCCAAAUCUUGAAUAUACAUCCUAACAGUUCGCAAAACGAUACAUACAUAUUUGUGAUCAACAUUUUGUUUUGUCUCUUUUAAUAAUUAGUUUUAAUUUUAUAUAUUUCUAAGUUCGAUUUAUGUGUAAGUGGCAGAUGAUGAUUAUGUUUAAUUUGUGUAGCCAAUGUUUUAGAUUUUUUACUUUAUUGAUUUCAUAAUAAAAAGUUUGGUAAAAUUGCAA